UUAAAUACAUAAGUCGUUCAUUUGUUGCAGCAGAAUUUGUCUUGCGAUAGCCUGGCCUAGAUGCAUCUAGCAACGUCGUUAGGAAAACUGUAACUGAUGGAGAGAAAGGAAGAAUGAAUAAAGAAAAGGAGAAGAGAGAGUUCGUUGACCGUCAAAGAGAAGUCAGGAGCGUGACUGUAACCGUGACUGUGAUCGUAAUCCUGAUCGCAACCGUGAUCGUAACCAUGACCGACUUGCUAUUACAAAUCUUUAGAAAGUUUUGUGUGUGUUCGCGAACAUAUGUAUGACUAUAGGUUUAGGUUACACACGAAUAUUAUAUAUGCAUGUAAAAAAUUGACAGAGUGCAAUAUAGGCAUUUUAUAUCUUUCAAACUUUAAACCUCUAAAAUACUAUUGGCAAAAUACUGUUUUGUCGUAAUAAUAUUUCAUUAUUAAAUUUGGGUAACUAUGAUAUAAUAUAAAAUUGAAUGCAAGAUAACAAUUAGGAGCAAUUAAAUUAUGAUAUACAUUAAAUGCAUAUAAGCAUUAAAAUGACCAAAGAGAAGAACUGAGGUAUAAUUUGUCAUAACUACUUGUAAAAACUUGACAAUCCUUAUAUAAAUAACAAUAUUAAACAUUUUGCCAUCUGACUAAGAUUAAAAUGAAAUAUAUUUAAAAACACCAAAUAAACAACAGAACAGAAAUACAACAAAAGUAAUCAUUGAAUAUUAAAAUUACAUAAUUAUAAAAUGUCGUAUUUUUAUCAGAAAGUGUAUUUUAUAUUUGCAACAAUCACCGCCUUAACUUUUAGUAUAAUAAUUUACCAGGUUUACUUAAUUCAGAAUGGUAACAGAUUACAUCAUCCAGAUGUACCCAUAAUUCUAUGGUGGACACCUUUUGGAAAUGAUGAAAAAUUACGGGACUGUGGAAAUUAUCAGUGUUAUUUUAUAAGUAACCGAUCCUUUCAAUAUCAUAAACAGAUAAAAAGUUUUCUUUUCUAUGGUAGUAAUUUUCGAAUUAAUGAUUUACCAAAAUGGAAAUCCGACGAUAUUCCGUGGGGUUUGCUUCAUGAAGAAUCCCCAAGAAAUAAUCCAAUAUUAGUUCAACAGGAAACUCUGAAUCUUUUUACAUACUCUUCAACAUUUAGCAGAUUUAGUGAUGUACCUCUAACUCUUGCAGAUCUACCUGGAAUUACAGAAUUAUUAGAUAGAAAAUAUUUUGUAUCUACAAAAGAAAAAACAAGGUUGAUGUAUAAAAGAAAUUUGGCACCAUUACUUUAUAUACAAUCUGAUUGCGAUACUGCAAGUAACAGAGAUAUUUAUGUAGCUGAAUUAAUGAAAUAUAUACGUAUAGAUUCAUAUGGCGCAUGUUUAAAUAAUGCUCAACUCGAGAAAAGGUUAAAGGAAAAUUACCUUGAAAUAUUGAACAGUGAAGAUUUUCUUUCUUUUAUUGCCAAUUACAAGUUUACAAUAGCUUUUGAAAAUGCAGUCUGCGAUGACUAUAUCACUGAAAAAUUGUGGAGGCCCCUGAUUGUUGGAUCUAUACCUAUAUAUUAUGGAUCACCAUCAUUUAAAGAUUGGCUUCCAAAUAAUAUGUCUGCUAUAUCAGUACUCGAUUUCAAAGAUCCAGUAAAUUUAGCCAAGUUUUUAUAUAAUCUUUCCGAUAAUGAAAUUGAAUAUAACAAAUAUUUAUCCCACAAAUUAAUUGACAACUAUGAAAUAGAAAAUGAAAGAUUAAGAAAGGCAUUAGAGAGAAAAGAGGAAUGGUUAUCUAAUGAAUUUGGAAAUUACGUUGAAGAAUUUGAAUGUUUUGUUUGUAAAAGCAUAUAUCAACCAAACAAAACAAAAAUUGUCAAUAAGAAACAUUAUAACUGCCCAUUGCCAAAAAAUCCACUAACAAACAGAACUGAUCAUUCUAAUUGGUGGACAAAACAAUGGACUUUAGAAAAAUGUGGUGCAAAGAUAUUAAGUUACCAUAUGCAAAAUAACCUUACAAUUAAUGAGGAAAAUUUUGAAAUAGAUAAAAUGAAGCUUUUUGAUAGAAAUGAAUGUUAAUUUAUU